UGCUCGAUGUGAGUUCUUUAUUUUCAUUUUUGUUUUGUAGCUCAAAAUACGAUUGCAUUACUUUUUUUUUUUGGUGAUAGAUUGCGUCUGUAAAACACCAUUUUGUCAGUUGAUUGCCCACCGUCAUCAUCAUUAUCAUCGGUAUAUAAAUCAAUAAGCCAAACAACAAAACGAUCUACACUUUUGAAGUGAAAAUAAAAAUGGCAAAUCGUUUACAAUUCGAAGGCAGCAAUGAGAUUGGUGUAUUCUCUAAAUUAACAAAUACCUAUUGUUUAACAGCUAUCGGUGGUUCAGAGAAUUUUUAUUCCGUAUUUGAAAAUGAAUUAGCCGAUGUUAUACCGGUGAUACAUGCAUCGAUUGCUGGUUGUCGUAUUAUUGGCCGUUUAACUGUUGCUAAUCGUCAUGGAUUAUUGGUACCAAAUACAACCACUGAUCAAGAAUUACAACAUUUAAGAAAUUCUUUACCAGAUACAGUAUCCGUACAACGUGUUGAAGAACGUCUUAGUGCAUUAGGCAAUGUUAUUGCCUGUAAUGAUUAUUGUGCACUUGUACAUCCAGAUUUAGAUCGUGAAACCGAAGAAAUACUUGCCGAUAUAUUAAAAGUUGAAGUAUUUCGACAAUCAAUUGCACAACAGGCAUUGGUCGGUACAUAUUGUUCCAUAUCAAAUCGUGGUGGUCUUUUACAUCCACGUAUCAAUGUUGAACAACAAGAUGAAUUGUCAUCAUUAUUACAGAUACCAUUGAUUGCCGGUACAGUUAAUCGUGGUUCAGAAUUAAUUGGUGCCGGUUUAGUGGUAAAUGAUUGGUCAUGUUUCUGUGGUUUUGAUACAACAUCAACGGAAAUAUCUGUAAUUGAAAAUAUAUUUAAAUUAACCGAUCAUCAUGGACCGAAUAAGAUACAAACAUCGAUGCGAAUGUCAUUAAUUGAAAGUAUGACCUAAUGAUGAUCAUAAUUCCUGAAUUGAUUCAUUCGAAUGGCAAAUUCUACACAUAAAAACAAUUUGCUUUAUUUUUUUAAUUAUAAUUUCUAUGAAUGAAAUAAAUAAAUAAAUAAAAACAGAUUAUCA